AUGGAAAAGGGAAAUCACUCAGAGGCGACUGAGUUCAUUCUCUCAGGACUGACAGAUCGUCCGGAGCUGCAGGUCCCCCUGUUUCUGGUGUUCCUACUGAUUUAUGGUAUUACCCUGGUGGGGAAUGGGGGGAUGAUCUUGUUAAUCACGAUUGAUCCCCGACUCCACACCCCCAUGUACUUUUUCCUCAGUAAUUUGUCUUUCUGUGACCUUUGCUAUUCCUCGAUAGUUUCCCCUAAGAUGCUGCUGAAUUUCUUAGCCGAGAGGAAAAGCAUUUCUUACACUGCCUGUGCUGUGCAACUGUAUCUCACUGUCGUUUUUGCAGAUGUUGAGUGCUUCUUGCUGGCUGUGAUGGCGUAUGACCGUUAUGUGGCCAUCUGUAACCCACUGCUCUAUACGGUCACCAUGUCCAGGCAGCUUUGUAAACAGCUGGUGGCUGGGGUGUACGCUGUGGGGGUGGUGGAUUCAAUGAUAUACACAUGUUUUACAUUUCGGCUGUCAUUCUGCAGCUCCAACAUCAUCAAUCAUUUCUUCUGUGACAUCCCCCCACUGUUGGCGCUCUCCUGUUCUGACACCCGCAUCAAUGAGAUUAUGGAAAAGGGAAAUCACUCGGAGGCGACUGAGUUCAUUCUCUCAGGACUGACAGAUCGUCCGGAGCUGCAGCUUCCCCUGUUUGUGGUGUUCCUACUGAUUUAUGGUAUCACCCUGGUGGGGAAUGGGGGGAUGAUCUUGUUAAUAAUGAUUAAUCCCCGACUCCACACCCCCAUGUACUUUUUCCUCAGUAAUUUGUCUUUCUGUGACCUCUGCUUUUCCUCGAUAAUUUCCCCUAAGAUGCUGCUGAAUUUCUUAGCCGAGAGGAAAAGCAUUUCUUACACUGCCUGCACUGCACAAAUGUCUCUAUCUAUCGCUUUUGCAGAUGUUGAGUGCCUCUUGCUGGCUGUGAUGGCGUAUGACCGUUACGUGGCCAUCUGCAACCCAUUGCUCUAUACGGUCACUAUGUCCAGGGAAGUUUGUAAAAAGCUGGUGGCUGGGGUGUAUGCUGUGGGGGUGGUGGAUUCAAUGAUAAACACUUGUUUUAUACUACGGGUGUCAUUCUGCAGCUCCAACAUCAUCAAUCAUUUCUUCUGUGAUAUCCCCCCACUGUUGGCGCUCUCCUGUUCUGACACCCGCGUCAAUGAGAUAGUGAUGUUUUCUUUUGCGUGCUGCGUUAUACUGAGCAGCUUUGUGACUGUCCUCCUCUCCUAUGUCUAUAUCACCUCCACCAUCCCGAAGAUCCGCUCUGUUGAAAGCCGGAGCAAAGCCUUCUCCACCUGCACUUUCCACUUGACCGCUGUGGUCCUGUUUUUUGGCACCCUCCUCUUCAUGUAUUUACGUCCCACCUCCAGCUAUUCCAUGGACACAGACAAAGUGGCCUCAGUGUUUUACACGCUGGUGAUCCCCAUGUUGAACCCCCUCAUCUACAGCCUGAGGAACACGGAGGUGAAGGAUGCCCUGAGGAAAGCAAUGAAUAAACUCCUAACCAAUUUUUGA